AUGGCGACUUUCGUUCCAUGGUUCGUGUACUCGGUGACUUUACAAUCAGAUAUAGAAGCCCUUUGGAGCCUGAAGCAGGAAAUUGAUCCCUACACAAUAUCUCCAUCUUCCUUCCUACAAACUUGGAAUUUCCAAGUGGAUCCAUGCGAUGAUCCAGGGGAGCGGUUUCUCGGAAUCGUGUGCACGAUUCCUGCAGAUAAUUCAACUGCACGGGUAGUGGAGAUCGAUCUUGACGCUGCAGGAUACAACGGGUUUCUGACACCAACGAUCGGGAACCUUACCGCGCUCACCAUACUUAACCUGGCCAAGAACAGGUUUUGGGGGCCAAUACCUUCCUCACUUUCUAACCUACGAAAUCUAACCAAACUUCAACUCUCGAAUAAUCUUCUCACCGGCUUUUUCCCUCCAAUAAUCGACAAGCUCAAGAGACUGGAGAUCAUUGAUGUAUCGCAUAACGAACUGUCCGGUUCAAUCCCAAGAAAUAUUGCCAACCAUAGAACCCUAACUGUCUUAAUAUUGGCGAACAACCAAUUCACCGGUAGGAUCCCCGACCUCAUGGGAUUAUGGCAGCUGAACACCUUAGAUCUCAGCAGAAACCUACUCAAUGGAAACUUACCACGGCUUCCAGUAAGGUUGAAGACAUUGUUGCUGAGCAAUAACAAUCUAUCAGGCCAUAUUUCACCACUAAAAAGGUUCACGAACCUAGAAACAAUGGAUCUCAGCGAUAACAAUUUUUCCGGUCCAAUAUACCAUGAAAUCCUGGCAUUACCCGGUGUUAAUCACAUCAACCUUUCGAUCAACAGUUUCACAGAGAUGGAGGUGAUUGAAAUUUCACACAGAGAUUCGCAACUUGAGGUGCUUGACGUGCACAGUAACAACAUUAGUGGUCAUUUGUCGAGAAAUUUAGCCACGUACCCAAAUCUUACCAGAAUCGAUCUAGGUUACAACCAGUUUUCUGGCAGAAUUCCAGUGGAAUACGGCCAGAUGGUGGACGGAACGUGGAGGAGUGUUUUCUUGGAUAACAACUGGCUUGUGGGAAGACUACCACCUCAGUUCAACAACACUAGAGUAAGCAUUACGGGAAGUCUUGCACAAAACUGUCUUGAUUGCCCAGACAACAUCCAGUUGUGUAAUGGAGGCCAAAAACCAGCUUCACAAUGUGUCGGGCCGAACACUUGGUGA